AUGGCCGCGCCUGGAAAAGGCGCCAGGAUCAAUAUUUGCGUCGAAGAUGCUGAGGAGGUUGCUUCUAAGCUGAAACCAGCAAGAGGCAGAGCUGCAGCCAAACGCGGCGCUACAGUGGUGGAAGAUUCCAGCAGUUCCAGCUCAGGCUCCCGCAGCCGUAGCCAGCGGCGGCAUGGUGGUGCCGCCGCAGCCGCGGCGCUGUUGUCCGCGCAAGCGCCGUUGGACGUCGAUGAGGCAGAGCGUCUCAUCCAGCGCGUUCUCUCGUUCCCUACGCGUUUCGCCGGUAGCUUGCAACACGAAGGUGGCCUUGUGGCUGUCAUGGCGGAAUGUGAUGUCAACAUCAGCGUCCAGCCAGAAAGCGACAGCCUGCAAAACACGGCCAUCCAUAUAGCGGGCACCGCCCAUUCUGUGGGCAGGGCAGUCUCUCAGAUAGAGCUGCAAUUCGAGGCCUUUGCUGAGGCCGAAAGGAAAGCAAAGGCUGAAGCCGACAGUGGACAUAUGGAAGAAACCCAGAUCCCACAGAAUGUCCUCAGCGCUGCUUUGGGGCCAAACGGUGCAGACUUGCCGAAGGUACGACAGAAAUUUGGAGGCAUCAUGAUUGCACUGAUGCCGCCGAAGGAUGGGGUAUUCACGGCAAUGAUCGGCCCGGGAACGGAAGAGCAGGUGCAGCAGGCCAAAGCAGACUUGCUGCAGAGGGUGGCAGUGGCAACGUCUCAAGACACGCCGCGGGACAAGGCUCGGCUAAAAAGUGUGUACAGCUCUUGA